UCCCAAAUAUUUUACAAUAAUCUUUUUCUGAAACAAAACAAAAUACUGCACCGAUUAGCAUAAUAAUACAGAUCAAAAAGUGUACCGCAGACACGUACAAUUCACGUCAUGUCGUUGUCUGCCACUAAUGCACAGACACAUAUUAUUUCAGACAGUCGAGGAACUCAUAAUGUCAACAAAGGUUAUUUAUUACCGUUGAACAUAGGGCGCGCGUAUAGUACAAGUAAUUUCUCCAAAAGAAAACAAAAACGAAGCAUGAGACGUUCGACAUCAACGACAUCGUCUGCAUUAGCGUUGCUGGCAUUUCUAUUUUUUUUGAACAUACUACAGAGAUCCUUGGAUGAAAGCAAACAAGGACCAGUGUUGAUGACGCGCAUAACAAAGCAGACAAAAAUACGACCGCGCAAUGAUUUCAUUGAAGACAAACAGUCAACUAUUGAAACUACUACUCUUGACAAUAUUAUAGUUAAAAAGUUUGAAAACAUUUAUAAUAAGUAGGUACUUUAAAUAAAAUUACAGUAAUGGAAUUACAUUGUGUAUACUUACAGGUGUUAAGUUCUAAGGUGAUUAAAUUUAAUCCUUUGUUUGGUUUCUUGAUUUCUUUAUUUUACAGUAUUGUUACAACUCAAACGUAUAUAAUAUUAAGCAUGUAAUAUAUUUUUUAUACAUAAUAUUGAAUUCAGUUUACCUAAUAAAAGUUGUUUAACAAAGGCA